GGCGGGAAGGGAAGUCGUGGCGGAGGCGGCAGCGGGGACAGCAGCGACCACUGCGGCGGCGGCGGCAGGGACAGCAGUAGCGGUGGUGCUGUCAAGCCGUUGGAGAAAUGGGAGACCCAGGGUCGGAGAUAAUAGAAUCUGCCCCUCCAGCUGGGCCUGAGGCAUCUGAAUCAACAACGGAUGAAAACGAAGAUGACAUUCAGUUUGUUAGUGAAGGACCAUUAAGACCUGUUCUUGAAUACAUUGAUCUGGUCAGCAGUGAUGAUGAAGAGCCUAGCACCUCUCGUAGUGAUGAGAAUUUUAAACAUAAAGACUAUAUUGACCAUCAGAAGGAUAAAGUUGCAUUAACUCUGGCUCGUCUAGCCCGUCAUGUUGAAGUAGAGAAACAGCAAAAAGAAGAGAAGAAUAGAGCAUUCAGGGAAAAAAUCGAUUUUCAACAUGCACAUGGGUUACAAGAAUUGGAAUUUAUUCAAGGACAUUCUGAUACAGAAGCAGCAAGACAGUGUGUGGACCAGUGGCUAAAAAUGCCAGGACUCAAAACAGGCACAGUUAAUUAUGGAACAAAAAGUUCAUUCCGAAGAGGAGGCCAAAUGCGGAAGUGUGGGAAGCCAAUUUCAUGUCCUAUAAUGCACUGCAACAAGGAAUUUGACAAUGGGCACCUUCUUUUAGGGCAUUUGAAAAGGUUUGAUCACUCUCCGUGUGAUCCAACAAUUACAUUACGUGGACCUUUCUCCAGUUCCUUUGCUUGUGUAAUAUGUUAUAAAAAUUUUGAUACUCAGCAGCAAUAUAGGGAUCACCUUUUUGCCAAGGAAACUGCAGAUGAUGGACAUCACAACAACCUUCUUCCUCAGGUUAUUCAGUGUUUUGCAUGUCCAAGCUGCUAUCUUCUUUUUAGCAACAAGGAUGACUGUAUGAAGCAUAUGUCUGGAAAGAAUCAUUUCCAUCAAAGCUUUAAACUGGGCGCUGACAAGGGAAUAGCACAUCCAGUAUCAUUUCCGUCUUAUGCAAAGAAACUUUUGAUCUCUCUGUGCAAAGAUGUUCCAUUUCAAGUCAAGUGUGUGGCUUGUCACCAGACACUGCGUUCCCACAUGGAGCUCACUGCCCAUUUCAGGGUUCGUUGUCGUAGUGCUGGACCUGUAGCUAUAGCUGAGAAAAGCAUUACUCAGGUUGCAGAAAAAUUCAUAUUAAGAGGCUAUUGUCCAAAUUGCAACCAGGUCUUUGUGGAUGAAACCAGCACUCUAAUUCACAAGCAGAAUUCAGGACACAAAAUCCGAGUCAUUAACUCAAUAGAAGAAUCAGUCUUACUGUAUUGCCACAGCAGUGAAGGGAACAAACCUCCUUCUGACUUGAAUUUAUUAGAUCAACCACAGUUUUCAUCACUAAAAAGAACUAUGUCAAUUAAAGAAUCUAGCUCCCAGGAUUGCACCACCAUUCCAAAAAAGAAGAUGAAUUUAGAAGAUAAAAGGUAUGAAGGAGUGGUUUGUGUCCAGAAACAAAAGUCAUUAAUUAAAACCUGGUUUUGUGAAUGCAAUCAGCGAUUCCUAAGUGAAGAUGCAGUAGAAAAGCAUGUUUUCUCAGCAAACACAAUGUGUUACAAGUGUGUGGUCUGUGGAAAGGUGUGUGAAGAUUCAGGGGUUAUCCGUUUACACAUGAGUCGGAUUCAUGGAGGGGCACAUUUGAAUAACUUUAUUUUUUGGUGUCGGACUUGCAAAAAGGAAUUAAUGAAGAAAGAUACUAUCAUGGCACAUGUAACUGAAUUUCAUAAUGGGCACAGAUAUUUUUAUGAGAUGGAUGAGAUACAAGAUGAAACUUCGCCAUCAUCUUCUAUGGUGAGUAAUUGGGCUGCUAACAAACCUCCUUCAGCUAUUACCGUUGAUCAUAUCCCAGCAAAUAGUCCUCCAAGAGGCAAAUGGCAAUGUCGAAUUUGUGAAGAUAUGUUUGAGUCCCAAGAAUGUGUUAAAAAACACUGCUUAUCUUUGGCAAGUCACCAGUUUCAUAGAUACAGCUGUGCUCACUGCAAAAAGACUUUUCAUAAGGUAGAAACAUUGUACCGACAUUGCCAAGAUGAACACAACAAUGAAAUAAAGAUUAAAUACUUCUGUGGACUUUGUGAUCUCAUCUUUAAUGUUGAAGAAGCAUUUCUGAGUCAUUAUAAGGAGCACCACAGCACAGAUUAUGUGUUUGUGUCAGAAAAAAAUGAAACUUCAAUUAAAACUGAGGAGGAUUUUCCAGUGAUAGAGACCAGUAACCUGUUAACCUGUGGUUGCCGUGAGAGCUACAUCUGUAAAGUCAACAGAAAGGAAGAUUAUGGUAGAUGUCUCCAAAUCAUGCUAGAUACUGGUAAACUAUGGUUUCGCUGCAGUUUGUGUUCAGCAACAGCACAGAAUUUAGCCAACAUGAACAUUCAUAUCCUUCAAGUACACAGAGAAGAGAAGAGGGAUAAAGAGGAGCAGCAGUAUGUAAUCAAGUGUGGCAUCUGCACCAAAGCAUUUCAUAAUCCUGAGAGUGCUCAGCAACAUUUCCAUAGAAAACACGGCUUCUUACAGAAACCCAACGUGGCUCAUUUUGGAUCUGAAAAAGGGAGCACAUACAAGUUUACUGCCAGUGCUCCACGUACAGAGAAAAAACUGAAACAGGCAGUGAACUGUCCAAAAAACUCAGAAAUGGAGAAAGGAGCUGAGAAUGACCUAAGCUGGCACAAUAUAGAGGAAGAAGUCGAGCUUCCUGAUUUGGAUUACCUGCGAACCAUGACCCAUAUAGUUUUUGUAGAUUUUGAUAAUUGGUCAAACUUUUUUGGUCAUCUACCAGGGCAUCUUAACCAAGGAACAUUUAUUUGGGGCUUUCAAGGAGGAAACACCAACUGGAAGCCUCCACUCAACUGUAAGAUCUAUAAUUACUUGAACAGAAUUGGAUGCUUCUUCCUUCAUCCUCGCUGUAGUAAAAGAAAAGAUGCUGCUGAUUUUGCCAUAUGUAUGCAUGCUGGCCGUCUAGAUGAACAACUACCCAAGCAAAUUCCUUUCACCAUCCUCUCAGGAGAUCAAGGUUUUCUGGAACUAGAGAAUCAAUUUAAGAAGACUCAGAGGCCAGCUCAUAUACUAAACCCUCACCACUUAGAGGGAGAUAUGAUGUGUGCCUUGUUAAAUAGCAUUUCUGAUACCACCAAAGAAUGUGACAGUGAUGAUAAUGUGGGAGUAAAAAGUACUUCAAUAGAAGAAUUCAAUUCCACAGAAGCCCUCUCUUGCUGUUUUGUGCACGUGCUUUCUUCCAUUCUGUCUUCUGCCUUCUGCCCUGGGAUGAUGCAACAAGAAGUUCCUCACCAGAUGCAGGCCCUUUGACCCUGGACUUCUAACCUCCAGAAUUAUGUGGAAUUAGAAGAAGCUAUUAGAAGAAGUCUUGAGGAAAUGUAAUAAAAGAUAUUACCACACAACAUCAAGUGGCCUUGAAGAGACUCAGGAUAAUGAAUUCUUGAGUUUGUUUUCUAAAGGAGACCAGAAACCUACUAGUACAAACAUAUUUGAAACAUGUUUUUGCAUUCAUAUGUUCAUAAUCUCAUAUUUGCUUUGUAUUUUUUGUGCUACUGUACAAAAUUGUAUUAAAGGAAUAGAAUACAUGUUAAUGCAUAUAUAGAUCAGGUAUUCUAAUAUAUAGGUAUCACAGUUUCCCAACUAACUUAGAAUUCAUAUAUUCAGGUUAAAAGGAUUAAAGAAAAAAGGAAAGCUCCUGCCUGUUGUUUGUUUUUCCAAGUAUCAUUUGUUCCUUUUUUUCUUUUUUCUUUUGUACUGUCAGAUGAUUCUAGCUUAUUUUUUAGGAGUGAAAAAUGAAUAUAAAUAAAAGUGCCAUAACUCAGUUUUUCCAUAAAUUCUAUGUCUCAUGUGGCAUUAAUGUGUAAUACCUCUGAGAUCUUUGCUUAUGAUUUUUAGAAGAGAGUAAUGGAAAUUGAUAACAGAAACAGAUUAAAAAUUUUACCAGUGUUGUUCUUUGUGGGUACACACAGAUAUAUAUUCUUGCUUUGUUUAGAGAGGCACAUUGCUAAAAUAAAAGCACACUUUUUUUUUUUCCAAAAUAACUAAUAUGGAACAUUUUCCUUUCCUUUUACCUGCUUAGACUCUUAUGUGACUUGUAUGAUCUGUUUAAAGGGAAUGUCAAAAUAUAUGCAUAGAAUUAAACUUAUUUUAAUAAUAAUACUCUUACUAUAUAUUCUUAUAUGCAUAAUUUUUUUCAAAAAAUAAUGUUGUUGCUGUGUAUGGUGGCAAAUGUAAUCCCAGCAGCUUUGGAGGCUGAGGCAGGAGGAUCAUCGCCUGGGCUAUGACCCUGUCUCAAAUAAAAUAAAAAGGACUGGGGAUAUUGCUCAGUUGUAGAGUGCUUGGCUAGAAUGUGUGAGGCCCAGGGUUCAAUUUCUAAUACUACAAAAAGUAAAAUAAAUAAAACAAUAACAAAAAAUGAUCAUAGUAAUGGAAAUGUUGAAGGUCUACUCACAAAUAAUCUUCCUUAACUCUUUAAAAUUUUUAUUUCAUAUGAACUAUCUUCAUUUUAGUUCUUCAU